UGUUGGAUCAGGAAGUAGGCAGAGCCCAAACAAGACUCCCGAGCGGAGCGGAUCAUUAACGACCGUCUUUGUUCCGUCGGUCGAUGUUCCGACAGUUUUACAUUUAAACUUCGCUGUUUCACGUCGCGUGUCUUUCUGAUACCUCGAGGUGUCCGCGGUUUCCCCUCCGAAGUUUGAUCGCUUCGCAAUGAGUACUGUUACGAAGAGAAACUCGGGCCUCGUCCAGCGAAAGACCGAGGCCACGCGCAACGCCGCCGCCGACAAGGAGAAGGAGUCGCCCGGGGAGGAGGACGAGACUCGCCGCGGGGAGGAGGAGGACGACGACGACAAGGGAGACUCCAAGGAGACCAGACUGACGUUGAUGGAGGAAGUGUUGCUCCUGGGCCUCAAGGACCGAGAGGGUUACACGUCUUUUUGGAACGACUGUAUUUCUUCCGGUCUCCGAGGCUGUAUGCUGGUCGAGCUGGCCCUGAGAGGGAGGCUGCAGCUGGAGGCCUGCGGCGUCAGGAGGAAAAGCCUCCUCUCCAGGAAGGUGAUCUGUAAAUCAGAUUCUCCGACAGGAGAUGUGCUCCUGGAUGAGGCCUUGAAGCAUAUAAAAGAAACCCAGCCCCCUGAGACUGUGCAGAGCUGGAUAGAGCUGCUGAGUGGAGAGACCUGGAAUCCCCUGAAGCUGCACUACCAGCUGAGAAAUGUGAGAGAACGUCUCGCCAAGAACCUGGUUGAGAAGGGUGUUCUCACCACAGAGAAACAAAACUUCCUGCUUUUUGACAUGACCACACAUCCGCUGACCAACAGCAACAUUAAACAGCGCCUCGUCAAGAAAGUACAGGAUUCGGUUUUGGAGAAGUGGGUGAAUGAUCCUCACCGCAUGGACAAGCGGGUUCUUGCUCUAAUCCUUCUGGCUCACUCAUCUGACGUUCUGGAGAACGCUUUUGCCCCACUCCAAGACGAGCAGUACGACCUAGGCAUGAAGAGAGUGCACUCUCUGCUGGAGCUGGAGCCGGAGAAGGAGAGCAUGAAGCCCAGCGCUAACGAACUGAUGUGGGCCGUGGUCGCUGCGUUUACUAAAUGAGAACAGCCAAUUGGUCGGACUGGAAGAUCUGGCUAUGGUCUGUGUUAUUUAAUUGGUUGAAGGACUUCAUUUAAUGAGACAGACUUAAUGAGACAAUCUGUUUGGUUGGGGAGCCUGUUUCAACAUCUAUUCCAGAUGACAUUUUUGGUGGUAGUCCAUAUUAACCCAGUGCUGUCCGAUUGGUGGUGGGCUUCACCAAGCAACAUUUUUGGUUGGUUGGAACAUUAAACGACUCUGCUUUCACACAAUGAGGUAACUUACCUGCCGGUGGGAGGCUGUUUGUGCUUUUAAACACUGACACUAUGAACAAACGGGCUUCUGUCGUGUUGAUUAACAUCAAAGAACAAAGCAGGUGGCAGCAGUAGUCAUGGUGAAUAUGCAGACGUUGACUGGGGCCAAGUUUCCCUUCUAGAGUGCGGAGACGUCAUGUUUCCUGUUGGUAGAUUGGACACAAAUGGAAUCCCGGGGCCUCAUUUAUAAAAAAAAGAAGAAAAAAAAACCCCUCAGAAUCCAUCAUCAAAUGCCUUUGGCGCUAAGAGCGGCAAUGUAAUGAACCAAAAACCUGAUUUAUUAUUUUUUUUAAAGUUUGCAUAACUCCAAGCAACUGCACCUUUAGCAAUCAAAAUAUAGACAGAAUUCCAGGAAUGGUCGGUCCAAGGCACACGCUCGGCUGUUGACAUGAAAAUGCUCCUUAGCAUUCCAGUUUGUGCAGAAGGGGAGACAUGGGGCCUGAAGCGAUUGCCACUCUUGUAAUUUAUAAAUGUGCUACAAAUCUGUUAUAAAUGGUUAACAGGUCUCACAGUUAGCUACUUUUCAGUCUGAUCACUAAACUGCUUUAUGUCAGAAUGAAGCUCCUGAGGUGAUCCAGUCCAUCAUGGAGCAUUAUGCCACCAGCAUUAAUGGGGGUCAGAGUUUUUCUGUUCUUUGUGCACAUUUUUUUUUUUUUUUUUUUUUUUUGUAUCUUUGUUUAAUUUAUGGGCAUAAUCUUGAAUAAAUGCACAUAAAUUUAACCGUAAGCUGCUGAAGUUGGAGCGGAUCAUUCGAUAAGAAGGGACAUGGAACUGUUUCAGAUGAAAAUCUAACGUCGUAUUACAUAAUUUCCAAAAAAGAAAUGUCUGCACACGUUUGCACAUUUUCCACACGGAGGUUUUCUACAAACGUGGGAAGCUGUGUGCGCCAAAUUUAUAAAUGAGGCCCCCCCGGCCUUUUUCUCCUUUCUCUUGUGCUUAUGCAAGGAUAACGGAUAAGCAAGUCACAUGGCUAUUAAUGCUUUUUGCACUCAGGCAGGCUUCCUGCUUUCACAUUUUAAUUCCCACUUAUGUUGGGAGUACAUGUUAGAAUAGACUGCUGGAAUGUCUGAUUCACCCCAUAUUUUUUUUUUUUUUGUCUCUGCUCAUUCCUUCUUCACUGUCUUCUGAGGAGAGGAGUCAGGUAAGAGCUCGAUUCCUGCCUCAUUCGGCCCUUGCAGACUGACCUGAAUGAAGAAAUAAUCUCUAGGCUCUAACAGACCUCUUCUUGCGUUAGUUGCUAUUUUUGCAUUCAUGGAUGAUGGAGUGUGAUUUGUCUUCCAUCUCUGUUUAUGUUUUUAAUUGAUGCUUGGAAUAGGUUGCCAUUUAUCAACUUAUUUUGCACAGUAGUCCUGUAGGUUGGGUAAUGAUAUUUUAUAGGCUUUUUCUCGGGUUGACUAACCCACUCGUGAAGAUGAGAAUGAAAAUUAUCAAUCUUUGCAACCAUGUUGUGUGUUCAGUCUAUUUUGUCUAAGAUUUCAAUCCUUCACAAUACUUUUAAAAUCAUUCCUCCAGUCCCGCAGAAAGCUUCACUCACUUUCAGCAAGGGUAGAGGCAUAAAACUGGCAAAAAAAAAACAUCUGGUAAAAUAGAUUGUCAGCACCCAACAAGACUUACCCCUUAGUCGUUAGUGGGUGAUAAUAAAACGAAUUCAGUGUGUUCACCAUUUUGGGCCGGUAUCCCUUUAGAAUAGAACCCCCCUCCCCUUUUGUUUCUUCUUUUCUCCCCCUCCUGUCUGGCGGUAUAUUGAAUUUCGUAAGUUUGUAUGUCAAGUUAUGACUUAAGAUUUGUCUUAUUGUCACAUGCAGAUGUUGGGAGGGUUACUUGGGCCCCAGGAGGCAACAUACGAAAGACUGAAAUGCUUCAAGAACACGCAGUCAAAUUGAAAUAAAAAUGUAUCUUCAAACAGGAUUAUAGUGCAG